AUGUACAUAGGUAAAUCUACAAUUUCGGACAUAAAAUCAAGUGGAUUAAAGAUUGAUAGUUACAUUGCUAGAACAGAAUGUGGCCUUGGAAAGCAUAAAACUAUGCGACCUGCGGAGUUUGAAAAGAUGGAAGACCACUUGUAUAAAUGGUUUGUAAACGCAAGACGAAACAAUGCACCGAUUUCCUCGGAAAUCAUCAAAGAAAAGGCCAAACAAUUCUGUUCCCAAAUUUACGGACAAAGUGUGGAAUUUGUGGCUGGUAAUGGUUGGUUUAGUAAUUUUCGCUCCCGAUAUGGAAUUAAAUUCUUAAAAAUAUCUGGCGAAAAACUUUCCAAUGAUUCUACUGCUGUGCAACCCUUUAUUGAAAAAUUGCGAAAGAAAAUUGCAGAAAUGGGCAUUACGUAUGAUCAGGUUUAUAAUGCAGAUGAGACUGCUUUGUUUUGGAGAAAACUUGCAGAAAAAAACCUUGCAUUGCAUAAUGAAAAAUCCGCACCCGGGCGCAAAAUUGGAAAAGAAAGAGUAACACUUCUAGUUUGCUGUAAUGCAACCGGAGAACAUAAACUUCCAUUAUUCAUGAUAGGGAAAGCCAAAAACCCCAGAUCGUUUAAAAAAGUAAACCUUCCGCUUGGGUACUCCCAUACCAAAAAUGCUUGGAUGACAGAGCAAAUCUUUAAAAAUUGGUUUGAAAACUCAUUCGUUAAAGAAGUAAAGCGUUACUUAAAGGAAAAGAAUUUACCAGCCAAAGCCAUUUUACUGCUAGACAAUGCAACUUGCCAUCCCCAAUCACUGUCGGAUGCCGAUAAGGACAUAUAUGUUAUGUUUUUGCCACCAAACUGCACGGCUCUUAUACAGCCAAUGGACCAAAAUGCUAUCCGAAUUUUAAAGACAAACUAUCGGAAGAGUUUUUUGUCUCUACUUUUGUCCAGCCCAACGAGCAAUCUCCCAGAAUCUUUAAAAAACUUUACAUUAAAAGAUGUGGCUUUUUUAUAGUCUAAUGCUUGG